GAGGGUGGGCUGUUAGUGAAGUUGACGUCAGCAGGUCAGCUGACGAAAAGUGUGUUCAGCUUUCCAAGAUGGCGGCGUCCUUGUGUCGGUGUUAUGGGAUGUUUCUCAGGAACAGUCUGAUCCUGCUUCCCCGUUCAUACAUUUCAGCAUUCCACAAAGGAGAUGGCAAUAGGAUAUAUAGGGCCAGUGCUGUUUCUUUACAGCAUCGUUUUGCGUCCAGUCGUGGGAAUCCUCGAAAAGGUUUCUUAGGGGAGUUUGUGGACUCCCUGAAGCAAGAGUUUAGCAAGAACAAGGAGAUGAGCGAGAAUAUAAAGAGAUUUCGUGAAGAAGCUAAAAGGCUGGAAGAGUCAGAUGCUCUACAACAGGCCCGGAAGAAAUAUAAAUCUAUUGAGUCUGAAACGGUGAAAACAUCUGAAGUGCUGAAAAAGACUCUGGGGUCAUUCUCCGAAACUGUCAAAGGGAGCUUGGAGGAGGUUGGCCGUACUGACCUGGGCAAGAAGAUAAAGGAGGGCGUGGAAGAGGCAGCCAAGACCGUGAAGCACUCAGCUGAGUCCGUGUCUAAGAGUGGAGAGGUGCUGGGGAAGACCAGUGCCUUCAGAGCUAUCUCUCAGGGUAUGGAAACGGUGAGGAAAGAGAUAGACGAUCCUUACAAUGGUCCUUACCGGGCCCCAUCAACAUUACGGAAGAGGAGCGAGUCCUCAUUUAAAGGAGCAGAAAAUGAGAGUAGAGUGUUCGAAGCUAAUGAAGAGGCAAUAGGUGUUGUUCUGCAUAAGGAUUCAAAAUGGUUCCAGCAGUGGAAGGAGUUCAAGGACAACAACAUGGUCUUUAACAGGUUCUUUGACAUGAAGAUGAAAUAUGAUGAAAGUGAUAAUGCCUUAAUCCGGGCGACCCGUGCUGUUACAGACAAAGUCACCGAUCUUAUUGGAGGCCUGUUCUCUAAAACAGAGAUGUCGGAGGUGCUGACGGAGAUCCUGAAGGCAGAUCCCAGCUUUGAUAAGGACUUGUUCCUUCGGCAGUGUGAGCGUGACAUCAUCCCCAAUAUCCUGGAGGCGAUAAUACGUGGUGAGCUGGAGGUUUUGAAAGACUGGUGCUACGAAGCUACGUAUAGCCAGCUAGCACACCCCAUCAAGCAGGCCAUUACCAUGGGGUUGCAGUUCCAAUCUAAAAUCCUGGACAUUGACAACAUUGAUCUGGCUAUGGGUAAAAUCAUGGACCAGGGGCCUGUGCUCAUCAUCACCUUCCAGGCACAGGUCGUCAUGGUGAUCCGCAGCUCAAAAGGGGAGGUUGUGGAGGGAGAUCCGGAGAAGGUCCUGAGGAUGAUGUAUGUUUGGGCGCUGUGUCGUGACCAGGAGGAGUUGAACCCCCAUGCUGCCUGGAGACUGCUGGACAUGUCUGCCUCCAGCACUGAGCAGGUGCUCUGAGCAGCUUGGCUCAGAAGUGAGGACAGGCCAGAGACCAAGCACGUGCUCACAAACACACGACACCUUCUCUGAACACACAUUCUCCCACUCAUUUAAUAUUACACCUGUAUGCUCAUUCUUGGUGAGGAUUGAGUGUGUUUGUGUUGUCCCGGCAUCAAGUGGAGGGUCUUUGUGCUGGAUGAGCUGCUAAAAAGGAUGUCUUAAUUUAAGUUAUCCUGACAGCAAAAAGGUGUGCUAAAUGAAUUUCCAUCUUUAAAAGGUAACAGCUCCCCAAUGUUCCACCACUUAGUGGCUCUUCUUACCAUGGUUGUGGCUCUCAACAUUUUUGGUAGUCUAGAAAAGGAAAUGUUAGUAAAAGAAAUAAAGCCAUCCACUUUUGCUGUUAGAUUAUUCAAAAUAUAAGUGUGUUCCAAAUGUGUUCCGAAUGUGUAGCUAUAUUUGGCGGAGGUUUGUGAAGUUCUCUGCAAGUGUAUUAUUGUGAUGGGCAGAGAACCGUGACACUGCAAUCCCUCAAACCCCAGCAGUGUCGUGAAAAGGACCAAAGUGCAAAAUGAGUUGAAACAGCCAUCAUAACUAAGCUGUUAUGUGAAAUAGGAACCAUGGCAAACUGUCAGCACAUCUAAGUCGUAACUAUUUAUGGGUUCAUAUGAUGUUUCCUAUGAUGAUUACGGCAGCUUCUGAAAGCGCACCAUAAGAUGUGGUUUUCUGAGCUGUAAAAUAAAACAAUGACUUAAUUGUGAUGAAGCACAUCAAUACUGAUGUUAAUAUUGACAAAAUUCCCAUUUUUAUACAAAUCAGCAUUUUAUGGAUUGAAAAUGGCUCAACAUGCCAUCUAUGUUUAAAAUCAUCCUUAACCUUGCAAUGCUGAUGCUGACAUCUAAACAUGCAUAUCAAGGUCUGCUUAAUACUAAUAUAGCCAUCUGCUACCAUUUGGUACACAUCCACAUCAUGAAAUUAGCGGCCCACCUCCCCCAGCCCUCCAGUACUUGUGAGUGUGAGUCUCAUUUUCAUUUGCUGAUUGAGACUCAAUUUCAGAGGAGAUAUUUUGUUCUUCUCAGCCACUGUCGAGUAGUGGAGCAUUUUUCUCCCACGCAGGAUAAUAUUACCCAUUAGCCAUUCAAGAUGGCCGUCCAAAGAGGUAGUUGUUCUUUUUUUUAAUCCCGAGAUACAGAAGGAAACUAGGUCCUAGUCCCAAUAAUUUCUUUAUUCUGUCAUCCUGUGAAUUACUGGGGAUCCUCACCAAUCCAUUUUCAGGAGGACCCCCCACAUGUAAUGAACUAUCAGACUAUGUAUGAGAGGGAGCUAUUUUGAGGUGUUUGAGAAGGGGACUCUGUAUGACUGUCUAAAUAUUUAAUGCUGAAUUUUCUAAUAAAAAAUGUUACCGUGUCAAAAUGUAGAAAUAAAUCAUAUACGUUAA